AUGGCUUACCAAAGCGACCCAGGCGCCCCGCACAUGUGGGUUCACGUCCGAUUCAACACUACUCGCGAUAAAGAUAAGACGGACAGAGACCUUCUAGAGUAUAUCUGUGAUGAAGUACUCCAUGGAACCACAUGGGAAUCCUCUACCCAUGACAUUGAGAUUGACUGCAUGCUAAAGAUGAUUAGUGAUCCCAUCUUAUCUAUUGAAGUGCCUGGUCCCUUCCCUCAUGACAACUUCAUAGAUCGGCUUAUAACUUGCGACAAGAUGAUGGAGCAAUGGAGCGAGCAGUUAGAUAGGGGACUCGGACUUCCAUUUGAUCGACGGGAGCUUUUCAAAGCUCCUGGGAAGUGGAACCAUGCUGCAGUGGGUAUUGUUUGGAAUGAGAUCAAUCAGAAUUAUCAUCCUCAUAGCUUCUAUGGUAGGACUGUGAUCUUUAUGGACGCAGUUGGAGCUCUUCGGAAAGGUGAAGGGGAGUCAAGACGACGGCGACACUAA